AUCCAAGAAUGAACUUCUGCUGAGUGGAAGGACGUCAGGCUGUACCGUGGAUAUUACCAUGGAAGUGCUGGAGGACAACCUAAUGUGUAUACCACAACAAUAUUCCAGCGUGCACUGUCUUCUGGGCUGACGUCACUUGACAGUAGCUGCCAUGGCUUUUUGUAAUGAAAGCCUGCUGGACGAGUGCGGCUUCAUGGGGCCGGACAAUGCAGAGGAAGCAGCGGAAAGUCUCCCGUCAGAAGCUGCGACUCCCCUCAUAUCAGUCACUCUGCGUGUGACCCUGGCAGCCAUUAUGAUCUUCAUGAUUACCAUUGGUUUCCUCGGCAACGCCAUUGUGUGUCUAAUUGUUUACCAGAAACCUGCCAUGCGCUCCGCUAUCAAUCUCCUCCUCGCCACGUUGGCCUUCUCGGAUAUUAUGCUUUCCCUGCUCUGCAUGCCCUUUACUGCAGUCACCGUGGCCACUGCCGACUGGAGCUUUGGGAGCGGCUUCUGCCGGGCGUCCAUCAUGCUGUACUGGCUGUUCGUCCUAGAGGGGGUGUCCAUACUCCUCAUAAUCAGCGUGGAUCGUUUCCUGAUCAUCGUGCAGCGGCAGGACAAGCUGACACCACACAGAGCUAAACUUUUGAUCGCAGGGUCAUGGGUGCUGAGCUUGUGUGUGUCUCUGCCGUCUGUAGUCGGGUGGAGGACAGGUGCAGCAGGUGUUGGGGGCGCCUGGGCGCCGCAGUGUGUGCUGGGAUACAGCGAUUCUCUUGCAGACCGCGGAUACACAGUGCUGCUGGCAGUAGCGGUAUUCUUUGUACCAUUCACUGUCAUGCUGUAUUCUUACAUGUGCAUCCUCAACACAGUGCGACGCAACACGCUGCGUAUCCACAACCACACCAGCGAGCACUCCUGCCUGCCUGCCCUCAACCAAGUCAGCAAAAUGAGGCUCACCAGGCUGCAGCGCCCCCCUCAGAUCAAAGUGGACAUGAGCUUCAAGACCCGAGCCUUCACCACCAUCCUCAUCCUCUUUGUCGGCUUCUCUGUGUGCUGGUUGCCGCACACGGUGGUCAGCUUGCUGGCGGUCUUCAGUCGGCAGUUCUACUACAGCUCAGUCUUUUAUCCAAUCAGCAUAGGCGCCCUGUGGCUCAGCUACCUGAAGACGGUUUUUAACCCCGUCAUCUACUGCUGGAGGAUCAGGAAGUUCAGGGAGGCUUGUCAGGAGUUCAUUCCCAAGAGCUGCAGACUGUGUCCCAGAGUGCCGGGCCGGAGCCGCAGGAGAGUGAGGCCCAGCAACAUCUACGUGUGCAGCGAGACUCAGUCAGCUGUGUGAAACUGGGAGUUUGUCAGUGCACAAACCAGCAGCUGUUGACAACUAUCAGCUGUUUUCAGCUGUUACUUCUCCUCAUAAAAAGC